AUGCAAUGCGCACUGCUGACGAUUCCCAACAGGAUGAAACACACGUACAGUGCUUCUGGGAGUUUUGGUGACUGUCUGACUGGGUCUAACUCUGAUGCAUUUUUACUUGUACUAUUGAACUCCUACUUUCCUCUAAUCACUCUAUUUCGUUCACCUGUCGUUUUAGUCUGUAGUUGUGUCGGAAUGCGACUAAGCGCUGUUUUGCUUCGUGGCAAGCGAAUUUACAGGGACAAAUUGGAAUAUUUGCGUAAACGCGUUUGGGAUUCGCAUGGCUCCGUCUUGAAGGUGGACAAACUGCGUGUACCGGAGCGUCUGCUCACCGAUCCAAAUUGUCCGCUACAGGACGCAGAGGAUAUGUUCGCAUCCACGCGCUACGAUGAUGCUCUGGCAGAGGAAAUCGAAAUCGGUGUACCACCGGAAGUGGCUCUCAAACUCGAAGCUGCGAGGAAGCAACGGAUGCAACCGUGGUCGCCCACAGCAUUUGAUCCUCGCUAUCAUCCCAACUCUCCUUCCUUGAUAUUCACCAAUGAGCGUCGCUUUUCGAAGGGGCUGGAUCAAGCAAGCUUGCUCACUAACACCUUGAUACUUCCUGGAACUCCCCCAUGUAUGACCGAUCUUUUGACUCGUGUGGAACGCACUAUUUGCAGCACAUCCACUGACUCACCUCCAUCUGAUGCGAAUUGGGUUUCCCAUCUGCGGAACUCCGUGGAACGAGCCAUUUUACACGCUCAUGUAUGGCAUACGGAUGAGACCAAAUUACCUCGGCGUUUCCGACCCGAGCUGCCGAUUUGGAAGCACAAGGCCGAAUUCGGAAUCCAUCCGCAACAGGCCACACGUUUCCUGUUUCAGAAUUUGUUUCGCAUUUUGGAUCAGCAGACGGAUUCUAUCGCCUCAGCUAUUGAUGCACCGUUAAAGAUGUCUUCAACGGAGCUCCCUCCUUGGUGGCUGACGCGUGACCGUUUUCUUGAAACCCACUACUUCUGGGGCAACCCUGCACGCCGGAUUGCAUUCGCUGAACAUCAUGAUGUAGUGGUGAGCGGACGGAACCCAUUGCCUUGUUUUGUUCCGGAUAGUGAGGGAAUUCGGGAAUUGUGCGUAUCUCACUCCCUGCCUGUGCGGACCCUGGGACCGAUGUCUCCACUGGUUGAUCUGAAGGCUACCACUUACUAUCGUGAUGAUAGCACUGACGGCUGGCUACGCUCGGAUCGACCCUAUCCCUAUCCACACUUGAUCACCAUCAAUUUCAGUCUGCCCAACGUGUGGUCGGACUUUCUGGAACCGGAGGCGGAUCCCGUUCGGCCAGAACAACGCCAAGCCGCCGCCUUGAUGCACUGCUUCGCCUCGACGCUGGCUCAUGCUCGUUCCCUUGGCAUUCACUCGGGUGUGCUUCCCACUCCGAUUUGUGUGCAGGGCGUGUGCUCAGACGGUGUAUACUUCGAUUAUGUCUUCUUCCAGUUGAAUACUCUCGAAUUCCCCGAUCCCAAGACCGAGGCGCCUCACUCCUCAGCCACCGCCACCACCACUCGCAAUAUCGCAUGGAUCAAUGGCAAUCUACGGCUGUUCGACAAACAAGUCCCCAAACGUAGCAUGUUGCGCAACACCAAAUAUUGUGACCUUGACAUGUCAGUGUUUUGCCAUCUGGCGAGUGCGCAUCUGUGGGGUUUGGUCGGCAAUCGGUUGGCAAGCCAUCAUUCUCAUUCGAUUAGUGAUCGAAGCGGACUUCGCGCAAUCAGCUGAGGCCCAUCUCCCCGUGGUUGUGCACUAACUCUACGGCAGUGCUGAUCCAUUCUUGCCUCCCCACUUGUGUGCCCUCUGUACAUACAAAAAACAACGUUUUUAUGGCAGCGCAUCUUUAUACUACUUUUCAAAAUGUGCUCUACUUUGGGAUGAAGCCUUUCGGUGUAAUUAUAACCAUUAGACCGUCUAAACCGUGUUUCCUUCACCUUGUAACCGAUUCCCAAGAUCGGACACCAGUAUUCAUCACCCGUUGUACGCUUGUGUUGGGUAACUAACUAGUACACCUCCCAACAAUGCCAUGGACGAUCCUGUGAACUUGAUCCGAUCGUUCGGAUUGUUAACGUACGUGGUUUGUUUUUUUCCACUGAUGAGAUGUAGUUCCAAUACUGC